AUGAAAAUUAGAAAAAUUGACAUUUGUAAAUUUACGUCAAAAUGCAAAAACGAGGCUACAGAGCCGGAUCCGCUGUCAAAGUACAACUAUCUCUUGGAUGUUGACAAAUCGAUUCCACUUGAAGAACAUUAUCACGGCGAUUUUUUCGAAAAAUAUCCGCAAUUUAGAGUUCCAAAUGACAAGAGAGCCACUCAUUUCAUCGUGAAAACUGACAAGAACAAUGUUUUGAAUGUCAAGGAGCAUCAUCUUCCGCAUAUUUUCAACGCAUCUAUGCUCAUGGGACAUCGUUGGUUGAAGGCGUGUCUAAACAAUUCUGCUCACAUCACUGACAAUAAGAAAUUCCGCGUGACAAAGAUGAGAUUCCAAGGAAAAGUGUAUGAAACUGUGGUUGCUAUCAAAAAUUUCAUCAAUCGAAUGAAUGUUCCGUUUUUGUUCGAUAUUGGAGUUUCGUAUAACAAUCAUGUACUGUUUUAGGAUUGGAUCACAUUUCGCAAGGUUGUUGCUCAACUUGGAGUAUUCGAUGGUGUUGGUGAGUUUCCGGCUUUGUGCCCGAAACAAGGAAGCUCGUACCACAGAGAUGAUAUGCCGAGAAACUUUGUCCUGUCGCGUCCAGAAGAUAGACAUCAAGUUAAAGCGAGUUUCAAGGAUAGAUGGUUGACUGAUCCACUCUUCUGUUUUAUGGACACGGAUAAAUUUACUCACUUUUUGCUUCGUUUUAAAAUCACCACGAAACGCGUUUUGAAGUAUGAAGCAAAGGGUAGAAACAAUGCUACAUGGAAGGAUAAGACAAAGUCAGGGGAGGAAACCGAUUUGGAGAUGAGUGGUUCUGAAGUUAGAUCGAGUGAAGCUUCGAAUGGAUCUGUGGAAAACCCCACCUCGAAGAUCGAGUCGGGGACCCCAACUUCGAGAACUUCAGGGAAUUGAUA